AUGAGGCCAGCAAUACUCCGCAGGGUUGCGGUAGCCUCGCAGCGUCGGCUAAAAUCGACGGCGGCCAGCCAGCGCUCGGCAGGGAGCUUGCUCGCGGACUUUGACGCCCUUCAGGCGAAGCGACCAGGAGCGAAGGCGAAGAAGAGCAAGUCGAAGGCCGCCGUUGUCCCCGAAUCUGCGCCUGAACCAGCCGUCCGGACCGCAAAGAGCGCAAGACCCGAAAUUAAGUACAAGAACAGCAUGGUGACGAAGAGCCAGGAACGCCUGGCGUUCUUUGCCGGCGACGAGGUCGACUUUGCCGGCGGCGACAUUGAGGCGGCGGAGGACGUGCCCGGAAUCGAGGUCGGACGCGUCGUCGAGCUGCGACGAUCGUACAUGACGACCAUUGGCGUCGUGCUCGCCACGAUCAUGCUCGAUGGCCGAAGACGUCUUCUCGUGAUGCGCGCCACGGGCGAGAUCUGGCCCGCCGUGGAAUCAGACGUGACCUUCGUCAUGCCGCCCUCCUUGAUUCCGAAAGAGGUGUCGGCAGGCUGUUGGUCACCGCAGCUGCUCCAGCUCUGGGCUACGGGGCAGGACGUGGGCAUGGCGUCUGCGAGCGAGCAAUCGGAUCUGCUGGGCCGAAAGGAAGCCGAGGCGAUGGCCGACUGCCGGCGACAGGCGUCAGCGUUCCUGCGUAAAGUGCAGCGCGAGACGGAGCGCAUGGAGCGGCACCUCCUCGCUUAUGGCGUGGGCGGCGCUGAGGGUAUCUGGGAGCGGUACGCGGACGACGUGGAGCGGCGAACAGUCUCCGCGCACGAGGUGGCCAUGACGCUGCUCAACCUGAAGCGGCCGAUUGGGAAGAACACGCUCCCGACCUUCGCGGCGCACUGUCUCCUCAUGCGGAAGCCCGAGUGUUUCGUCGCGGACGAGAGGGGCGUGUGGGCAUCGGGGCGAUAUCUCGUUCGUUCCCGUCGCGAGCGCGAGCUGAGGCAGCGUGUCCGCGACAGAGUCUUCAGCGACGCACCCGAGAUGCGCGCCUUUGCCAAGCACGCAGAAGAGGUGAGGGCCUCCCUCGCCGCCGACCAGCCUGCCAUGGAGUGGGAGGACGCGGAUCGCGAGUUUCUGCACGUGCUGACGCUCCCGAUGGUCGAGACACGUUCGACGCAGGCGCUCCCCGCCGGCCCAGUGGCAAACAGCACGCUGAAGUCGCUCGGUCCUACGUUCCGUGAGGCGGGGAAGAAGGAGCAGGACACGAUCGACCAGGCCGACUACAUUGCAACGCUUGAGAGCGUAGGCAUGAUUCCCGCCAGCGACAGUCUGCGCGCCAGCAUCGUGCGCGAGUCCGCGGAGCGCGCGGCUGCCAUCGACGGGAUCCAGCUCCCCGUCAACCCGGCUGGUCGCGAUGGGCCGACCGAGUCGGACCGUCUUCUUGAUGGACUCAGAGAAGACAUGUCCUCCCCGGCGUUCGUCAUCGAUGACGCUGGCGCAAAGGAGCUCGAUGACGGAAUUGCGCUGGAGCGUGUUGGAGACGACUACUGGAUCCACGUCCACGUCGCGGACCCGACACGCUUCCUUGCUCGCGGAGACGCCCUCGCGACCCAGGCCGCGUAUAUGGGCUCGACACUCUACUUGCCCGAGGGAACCGUCCCGCUCCUCCCGCACGAGAUGGGCAAGGGCGCCAUGUCCCUUGGUUCUGGAGACGGAAAGGGGCAGCCAACGCUCGUCAUGAGCGCGCUCGUGACUGCCGACGGAGACGUCAAGGACACACGCGUGAGAUUGGGCUGGCUGCGCACGCCGCGCAUCACGACCUACUCAGCCGUGAACGAGGUGCUCGGUGUUCAGCCCCCUGAGCGCCGAUACCCCUUUGGGCGCAACCCCGCUCUCUCUGGCAGCGAGGAGCGGGACGUUGCUCCGCUCUCUGAAUCCGACGCCGCAGACCUGCGGACCCUGCAGUCUCUCGCCUGCAAGUUGCGCGCGAAGCGGACAGCCUCAGCGGGUCUCGAGUGGGACCAGCCGUACUCUACCUUCUUUGUCCGUUCCGCCCCGCCGCUCACGAACAUCUUCAACCCCGCCUCCAUCCCUUCCCAACCUACGGCCCCCCAGCCGUUCGAAUACGAGUACGCCGUGGACCAGCUCGGCAUGUCCCUCCCCAGCGCGCAAAUGACGGUCGCCGAGCUCAUGAUCCUCGCGAACGGCAUCGCGGCCCAGUUCCUGUCCGACCGUGGCGUGCACGCCCUGUUCAGAGGCAGUCUGCCUCCACGGGUGACGAGCCGCUCUCGCUCGACCGUCGAGGACCUGCUCGCGAAGCGUUUGCCUGGAACCGCCGUCCUGCCCCCGGGAGAGGUGGAGAAGGCGGCCCUCCUCUGGUCCCAAGCGACGGUCACGCCCGAGGCUCGCGAGGCGUGGCUCAUGGGUCUUCCCGCGUACUUGCGCGCCACCUCGCCCCUGCGACGAUACGACGACCUCCUGGCCCACUGGCAGAUCAAGGGCGCCCUCGCCGCGGAUGCGGGCAUUGCCGACGCUUCGCUCAAGCCGCUGGAGAAGAAGGAGGUGGAGCGCGAGCUGUUCCGUGCCACGCACGCUGAUCGCCGCGCGAAACGCUCAAACCAGGACGCGGUCGAUUACUGGCGCGCAUUGGCUGUGCGGGACGAGCUACGCGACCCGGCCCUCAUGGACAACGAGAGGGGAAGGGUCGACCUGACUAAGCCGAUCACGGUCCGCGUCCGUGACGGAGGUGGCAUGACGCACGCGGCGGCCUUCUCCCCGGAUCUCGGCGGCGGCGUGUCUGUCGAGACCGACCACGCUCUGCCUAUCGGAGAAGAGGUCCAGGUCAAGAUCUCGGGAGGCCUGACCUGGCCCAAGGCGGUCGUCACUGCCAAGCUGGCGUAA